AUGAAGAAAAGAGCAGAUGAGAAAUUUAACAUUUUAGCAUAGAUUGGUAGCUACAAUCUCAAACUGGAUAUUCUUGAAUCUAUGUACUUUAAGUCUAUGCACAAGAAACAUCACAUUUAGCUGUGGAUUCAUCACCCUCGACCAAACUAAGAACCUAACUUGAUAUCAACUAAUGAGUUUCACGAGGUUAGAACUGAGAAAGACAUAAUUCGUUAUUUCACUAUUGUGUGCGACAAGCUGCGUAAGAAGUACAAACCACUUGAGGAUAAGAGGAAAGUGUGUCUAGCCAUAUUUAAGGGCAACAAUAUACAAACACUCUCUUCCGUUCAGCUUCUAGACAUAAUCAAGCAUAAUCUGGCUUAGCUACAAUCCUUGCAUUUCUUUAGAGAUAAUACACAACCAGUCAACAUUGACUCAUUCUUUUAGUACUAUAUGUUUGCACUAAAUUUAGAUGAGGAAAAGACAGCUAAAGAUCCGCCAAUAAGCUUGAUCUAACCUUUGCCUUAUCAAAAGUAACUCAUCAUAGCAAUGGAUAAGUUGAAAGUAAGUUUAGAUUUAGUUUAAAUGAUGCUAGCUGUUGAUGUCUGGGAUAAGACCAUGCGAUACAAGAGUUAUAACUACGUCAGUAAUCUCCUCUAUAUCCUCGAGAAAAAAGGCUAGAUGAUUGUUGAAAGGAUGAAUUUAUAUUUUUUGCUAGAUAACGCUGCUUAGAUUUUCCUCUUUGACUUGGAUAAAUGCCUGAUUUAAUAACCCAAGAAAAUAAAGACUCAUAAAGAUGAGAAUCAUUUUAUCGAUGGAUUAAAGCCGGAGGUGAGCUUGCUCCCUUAGACAUUCGUUGAAAUCGUUAAAACACCAUUAUAACUUGAAGAAGAGGCCGAAAAGAGGAAAAAACUUUAGAAAAUUUUAGCUUAAACCCCAAAGAAGGAGAAUUUCAUACUUAAAAACAUUAAGAAACUAAGAUUUGCAGCUCUUAAUCAAGCAGGAGGGACUUUUGACAAUACUAAGAACUAAAAUGCAGAUCCAAAUAGAUUAUAACUCCAGUUCAAUUCUAACCAAGGCAUCAGUAGUCCUAUGAGCAACAAUAGCAAUAAUAAAUAAGCAUUCAAGUCUUAAUCUGUUGCUGAGCUCAAAGAUUACCAUAGUGUGAAUGUUGAAUUGUAAAACGAUGAAUAUUAGAGAGACUUUAGGAUUUAAAGGCCAUCAAGCAAAUACAAAUCCCCAACAGGAGGAACUUAUAUUAAGGCUAAGAAAUUCCCAUAAUCAUUGCAAGAAGAAUAGAUAGAUUAAUAUAUUGGAACAUAUAAUGAAAUGGGAAUGCCUGGAGAAUAGGGCAGAUAGUCAGUGCUGCAAAUAGGAGGACCUAAGAUUUAACUGCAGAAUUACUUUAGAGAGAGGCAGUUGGAUAAAAAUCUCCAGUUUUAAAAAGAACUGAUCAAGAAUAGUCAAUUAAAGAUUUCUAAUAGCAUUGUCUAAAUGCAUAACUAUAGACUAUUCAGUCCAUAGCAUUAAAAUCACAAUCAUAGGAGGAUGCAUGGUGCAAGUGCCAUUAAAAGAGAGAUUAAUAGGAUAAAAGAGUACGAGAGAGUGUUUAACCAGAGUGACAUGAGAUCUACAGAGAUAGUGUCUGACCUACCAAGAGAUAUAAAAUAAAAUGAUAAAGUUAUUAAAGAUUCUAUAAUUCAAACAUCCUCCACUCGGUAAAGUCAUCUGGUCCCGUAUAAUAUUGUAGAAGACACUGAUAUUGAAAAGAAUUUCAUUUACUCCACAAUAGCUUGA